UAACGUUGCCGUUCUGUAGAUAAUUCAUCAAGAAUUUCGUUAUAGUAGAGAAACUCUUUAAUGAUUUAAUCACGUCAGCUGGAAUGACAUACGUUUUAUAUGAAAGAUGUCUUACCAAAUCACUUUAACGUUUAAACCGAUAAUUUUAUCGGAGGUUUUUUGUUCAGUGAAGAAAUGCUUGUACUAUUGACCGUUUAUGUAACUCUAGUCUAAUACUUGUCGCUUCUUCCAACUCAUUUCUGUAUAUACUUACUUACUGUCGGUUAUUCGCUUUCUUAGAAAGGAAAUCAAUUUAUUGGAAAGAAAGAAAAUAAAAACAGAAAAUCUUUCGAAAUGAAUCGUGUUAAAAAACUUUUAUCAAGCAAAGAAACACGAGAUUAUUUAAUGAGCACGCAUUUUUGGGGACCAGUAGCCAACUGGGGUAUUCCAAUUGCUGCGAUUGCUGAUAUACAAAGAGAUCCAGAAUAUAUCAGUGGAAAAAUGACACUUGCUUUGUGUUUAUAUUCUGCAAUGUUUAUGCGAUUCGCGUUGAAGGUGCAACCACGCAACUUGCUCCUCUUCGCCUGCCACUUUGUUAACGAAGGUGCACAAAUGACACAGGGUUUCAGAUUCAUUAAACAUCAAUUUAUAGGCAAGAAAGAGUAAUAAUUUCAUAUAAUUAUUCUCCCAUUCAUAAAUGUACAAACCUCUUGUUAUCUUUUGAUCGAUUUAUCAUCUGUAACAUGCAGUACUGUGUCGCAUUAAAAUUCAGUAGGCAAUUCUCGAGUUACACAGUGACAUGUACAGUUUAAAUGUAAUCUGAAUUAUUUUGAAACUACUCGUAUAUUUUGUGCAUCUAUUUGCAAAGCUCAAGUUCAAAGACAUUGAAAUCAAAUACCAAAUGUUAAAAUAUCUAACGCGUAACACGAACAAAUGUUAACUUGAUACUUACUGGAAAUAAAAAUGUUGA